AUGGUUCCGAGAUCGGCCGUGGCGCCUCUGCCGGAUGAGUGCUGGCAGCGGGUUUUGAGCAACUUGGAAGCGACGGAGCUCUCAGGAUGCAUCAGCUCUUCCUGCCAGAGGAUGUCGAAACUGUCGGAGAACCCUGAGCUCUGGCAAAUGUUGCUGCGGGUCGACUUCAGCGCAUCAUUUACACACCGAGCGAUGCUGCUGACAUGGAUGGCUAUGCAUCGGCAGUUCCAUCCACGGCAACUAUAUGUGUUCAAGCGUCGCGAACACCUUCUGGACCUAGAGAUUGCCCGAAACGAGCUCCAACAACGCGGAGAGCAGGCACGUGAGCAGGAGCGGAAGCAGCGCAGACUUCGGGCACUGAAUUACUUCCUGGUGCGUUUCGGCCAUUGCCUCUUCUGCUUGGCGCUGGUGGCCAGCAGCACGCUCCUUUGGUUGAAGCUGCUGGAGGUUCUGAACUCGUCCUUUUACAUCAUCCUGGCACCAUUCUUCGCUUUCGAGGCCUUCGUUUUGAUGUCGGCGGCCAUUACGUUCGCUAUCUACCUUCAGCGCAGCAGCACGGGCUGGACCUUCUACUGGAAUCGGUUGCAAGGCACAAUCAGGUGGUUCAUUCUACUGAGCUCGCCGUUCGAGUGCCUGCUGGUGCUCAUCUUUGGUUUGGCAGUGGUGCCAUUGACAGCUGCUACGCUUGAGAAGGACCUGCGGCUUCCUUGGCCCCACUUCGUCUACCUCCCGCCCUUCCUUUCGUUCUGGCUCGCAGUGCUGACGUGCGCCGCAAGCAUCCUACGUCGGCGAUCCUGUUCCUCAAGCUGCGUCGGCUCCAGCCUCUUUCUGUGGAUACCGCUUGGAAUGUUUAGCGCCCUCCUUUUCUUGAGGCUGUCUGUUUGUCCAUGGCUGCCGCCGGUGGUGAUGCUGAUGCCGAUCCUGCUGGUGACGGGUGCGCUGAUCAUUUUCUCCGGUUUCCUCAGCAUGGCCUCCUUCUGGCUUGGAUGGAGAGGAAGCCGAGACUGGAUGGAGUAUGCAUCAACGACCCUCGUGGUCAUUCUGACGGUGCUGCUGCCACUGCUGGCUAUACAGCUAGCACUCGUGGGGUACCUGCGAGGGCUUGUCCAGGUCAACUGGGUCUUUGCACCAUGGACUUGUUGGCUGUCUGGGCUCUUGGGCUUCACUCUUUGGCAGAGUUUCGUGCCUCUGAAGCCAGCCAGUGCAGCUUUGGACAUGCCGCGAUACUGGAGACAUCAGGACCUGCACUCCGAUGCAGAGUCGCUGUUGCCUCCGUGA